AUGCCUCCAUACUCUGUUACUCUUCAAACCGGUCACACGAAUGAAAGUCGCGACUUUCAUGGUCAGCUGCUGUUCGAGCAUCACGAUGUACCAUUUCCUGUAACUCACAAAGAUGGUCCUUUGAGGAAUGCGCUUCCUCAAAAUGACAUGAAAGCUCCUGGUGCACCACUACCACAGAUAUCAGAAGAUAGUUGUCUUCAGGAUUUUGUACCUCCAAGAGCUCCAUUAUCUCUUCCCAGCACAAUCUUAUACCCUUCAUUCUCACCCUCAACCCCUAUUCCCUCUCAAAUGUUACCCAAUUCGCCCGUUGCCAUGGGCAGCUAUGACGAGGGGUCUUGGUUGCAGGCUUUCGAUGACGACGACGACGAUGCCCCUCAACCAAUGGAACAUAUCGUAAAAUGGAAGGCCAUUCGCGAUCAAGCGAUCGUCGUCACAGGCACCACUGUCUACAUCCCUCAGACAAUAUAUCAACCAUACACAGAGGCCGAUCGUGUCCGCUACAUUGAGAAAGCCGAUCUUAAGGAGCCCAUCAUCUUUAGGACAGCUCAUCCCGACCAAUGGGGUAUAGCACUCGAGGACGCCCUAAAAGCUAAUAUGAAAGACCUUCUCGAUAAAUAUGACAAUAUGUUCGAGAACUGCGGACUCUCUGUGUCCAUCCGGCUUCAGUGGCCUGGGUACCGUGCAUGGACGAGGCAGAUCCCUACGAUGGACUUCAAAAGUCCGAAGGGUCCUAUCACCAGGGCUAAGUUGGCUAAAAACAUCGCCAACUGCGUGAAACGGUUCAUCGAAGAAAAGGAAAAGGAACGUAUGGAGAUGGAAGCGGACCGUAGGUGGAAGGUUGGAACACGCUACAUCAGAAUGGAGGAUCUUAUCUUGGUGUCCCUGCACCACAUCGCCAAGGGCAGUUGGCAGCCUCAACUACGCCUACGCACUCCGCUGAGUGAAAUUCAACUCCGGCGCCUUCAAGCUCCAGCUCCGCCUUCCAUCGUAUAUUAA